UCGUCGAACGUCAAGGGAUCGGCAGCUGCCUUCGUAUUUGUCUUGUUUAUAUUCCUCUACCCCAUCAUAAUCUGGUUUCACGAUUCAGAAAUAGUUGAGAGGAAAGUAACUUCCUCACGGCCUCGUCCAAUCAGACAGCGCCAUUACACUUACGUCAAGCUCCAAGCGAUGCCAAACAUCCAAUCAGAGGCACCGUCUCUGCCCGAUACCCUCACCGAUUGGACGGGCACAAAAGGCUACCCAGCAGAAGAGCAAAGAUGUCUGCCGAAAAUGAAUGUGUUGUAUUUGAAAACACACAAGACGGGCAGCUCCACCCUGCAGAACAUCGUGUGUCGAUGGGGCGAGAGACACAACCUGACGUUCGCAUUACCGAUUUCUGGAGUGAACAUUCAGUACCCUCUCUCUCGAAAAGGGUUGGCGAAAUCCCCCUCUGGAACUUACAAUAUCCUUGCAAAUCAUGCAAGAUUUGAACCGAAAGCCUUUCGCCAAAUUAUGACCACAGACGCCGUCUACAUCACCAUUUUGCGUCAUCCGCAGAGGCAGUACGAAAGUUUUUACAAUUACUUCCACUGUCAGGCACCGGGCGUGUACGGGAUAUCACUGCACAAAUUCCUCAAAGAUCCGCAUCGCUACCUUAACAACGCCUUGCAGAGAAAAGUGGAGAAUCCGCAGUGUGUGGACGCCGUACGAAAUCCUCAGAUGUACGACUUGGGUUACAACAGCGUUAGACGGCAUCAGAGGUCACCCGCUGGGAAAGCUACUGUCGAUGAGUGGAUUAGUGUGCUGAAUAAGUCCUUCCAUCUUGUACUGAUUGCUGAUUUCUUCACCGAGUCCCUGGUAGCACUGAAGCACACGAUGUGUUGGCAAACUGACGACGUUGUUGCUUUGGAGGUGAACCGGCGACUUUCGUCAACAGGUCAGCCCGAGCCUCACCAGGCAUCAUGGGAGACAGACCUGCCCAUGCUGAUCGAGAGAUGGAAUGAGGGAGACGUGAAACUGUACAAGCACUUCAAUCGAACUCUCUGGACAAAGCUUGACCUGAUUGGACGGGGACUCGUGGCCCGCGAAAUUGCAGCCAUUCAGAAGAGGACUUACGAAUUGGUGAAUCGGUGCCUUGACAACAUUGAGUGGCUAUCGGACACGGAGUAUCGCACCAUGACUGCUUACCAAACGCCCCUGAAAAACAUCGUGGGGAGUUACACCUUGAAGCGGAAAAUGCGAAAUGAUCCUUUAUGUCAAAGGAUGGUGCUCACCGCCCCAAAUUACUUGGAUUUCUUGCGCCAGAAAAUGAGAAGGGAAAAUUCAUUAUGAACUUCGAAACUAUUCACAGACAUUUAUCCGAAAUGAACGCUUUCAUACGGGUGGAACUACUUUUCUCUUCACGCGACGCCAGGCACUCACAAUAUUUACUGAGAGUUAACGAGUGAAAAACGUUCGCAGGUGUUUCCAGUGAACCAUUAUGGUGGAUGUUGGCGUAAGGCAUUAAUUUAAUUUAGGCAUCCUAUUGAUUUUCUCAACUGCAUUACUUUUUGGAAAUGAUUUCAGAAGAAACUUAGUUUUCGCCGAGGUUUUAAAUUUUUUAGUAUUUGCUUCGCAAAAUUAGGCGGCACGUACCUACAAUAAACAUGAUAAAGGUUGUAGUCAAACAGGGACGAAAAUAAGUUUGGCUUUCAUUUCUGUAGAAGUGAUACAAAAACAUUGAAUAAAUAUAAGUAUCCAAUAUUUUGACAAAAAUCCUUCUUUGUUUCCUUACUCUCUUCAGAAGUUCAGAAAAAAAUCGUAAAAGUAAAUCUUCAAACGGGUAUUGGCUGCGACGGUAUGACAAAUAACUGUUAACACAGUUGAAAACAAUUUCAAUUUCACACAAACCGAUGUAUUUCAGGAUCAAUGCAAGUGAAAAGCAUUUUAAUAAACUUGACAACUUUUAUGAAUACGGGAGAUUCCCAAUAGUGUGCCACCAAGAG